GUGACCGAGCUCAAGAGCCACCCCGGUGUGACAUACGACAUAAAAGUUAUUUUAAAAAAGUGAUUAAUCCACUCAUAGCACUGUUUGCUUGUUAGGGUGAACAAGUGUACACGUUCAUUGACGUGAGGAGCCAUUGCAUCGAGUGUUCCUCGUGUGAGCUCUGAUUGUUUUUUCCCUUUAGGACUGUGAUUGAACUUGAAUCUGGACCGUGAGGGUUGUGUGGCGAGCCAAACCCCAGGAACAGACAGGUGGACAGGACGGGACUGUGGUGUGGCCAGCUGCAGCAUCUGCCCUGAGGACAUCGGACUACAAAGUCACUCCACACGUGAUUCAGAUAAGACACACGAAAAACUACCCAGGCCCAAUCUGCGCAGCAUGUGCUCAACCUCAGAAGCUCUAUUUGGGCAGAAGACGUCAAAGGAAUCCCCUGGCUGAUAGGUCAACAUCGGUCUCAUAUUAUGGCAGCCAAGGCAGUUGCGUCAACGCUUCGGACUUCUUUGGGACCUAACGGCCUUGACAAGAUGAUGGUUGACAAAGAUGGAGAAGUGACUGUCACCAACGAUGGAGCCACGAUCCUCAGCAUGAUGGAUGUGGACCAUCAGAUUGCUAAACUCAUGGUGGAGCUGUCCAAGUCACAAGAUGAUGAGAUUGGUGAUGGAACCACUGGAGUUGUUGUGCUGGCAGGGGCUCUGCUUGAGCAGGCCGAGCAGCUCCUUGACCGCGGAAUCCACCCCAUCAGGAUCUCUGACGGCUACGACCAAGCCGCCCGCAUCGCCAUCGAGCAGCUUGACAAAAUCGGGGAAACGUUCCCCUGCGAUCCCAACAACACGGAACCGCUCAUUCAGACCGCCAUGACAACGCUAGGCUCUAAAGUCAUCAACCGGUGCCACAGACAGAUGGCAGAGAUUGCAGUGAACGCCAUCCUCACCGUGGCCGACAUGGAGAGGAAAGACGUGGACUUUGAGCUUAUCAAGAUGGAGGGCAAGGUGGGAGGCAAGCUGGAGGACACGCAGCUCAUCAAGGGCGUCAUCGUCGACAAAGAGUUCAGUCACCCGCAGAUGCCAAAGGUUCUGAAAGAUGUUAAAAUCGCAAUCCUCACCUGCCCGUUCGAGCCCCCGAAGCCCAAGACCAAGCACAAGUUGGACGUCACGUCUGUUGAGGACUACAAAGCCCUCCAGAAAUAUGAAAAGGAGAAGUUUGAGGAGAUGAUCCAACAGGUCAAAAGCAACGGCGCCAACUUGGCUAUCUGCCAGUGGGGCUUUGAUGAUGAAGCCAACCACCUGCUGCUGCAGAACAAGUUACCCGCUGUCCGCUGGGUCGGAGGGCCUGAGAUUGAGUUGAUCGCCAUCGCCACAGGGGGGCGCAUUGUGCCCAGGUUCUGUGAGCUGACUCCAGAGAAGCUCGGCACUGCCGGCUUAGUGAAGGAGAUCUCCUUUGGCACCACAAAGGACCACAUGCUGGUCAUCCAGGACUGCAAGAACACCAGGGCUGUGACCAUCUUCAUACGUGGAGGCAACAAGAUGAUCAUCGAUGAGGCCAAGCGUGCACUCCACGAUGCUCUGUGCGUAAUUCGCAACCUGGUGAGAGACAACCGUGUGGUUUAUGGAGGAGGAGCCUCAGAGAUUUCUUGCGCUUUGGCUGUCAAUCAGGCUGCAGAUAAGUGCCCUUCGUUGGAGCAGUAUGCAAUGAGGUCAUUUGCAGACGCCUUAGAGGUCAUCCCAAUGGCGCUGGCUGAGAAUAGCGGCCUCAAUCCCAUCCAGACCAUGACAGAGGUCAGAGCCAGACAAGUCCGAGACAACAACCCCUACCUGGGCAUCGACUGUCUGCACAACAGCACCAACGACAUGAAGCAGCAGCACGUCAUCGAGACCCUCAUCGGCAAAAAGCAGCAGAUCCUGCUGGCCACCCAAGUCGUCAAGAUGAUCCUCAAGAUCGAUGACAUCCGAAGCCCGGGAGAGUGCGAGGACUAAAACCUCCACACCCACCGUCCCCGAACACCGGCAGGCUCGGCUGUGGUCUAGAACGCGGUAACAUGUUUGAGCUGCUGAUCGUAGGCACUUCCCGAGCACCGAAAGCUGCACCGCUUACCGCUAUUUAUCAUUUGGUACCGAAACGCUGUUCCAGUAUCAAACUUUCCAUUAAAAUGUUGAUCUGUGGAAAUAUGUAGCAGCUAUGGGUGUAUUUCAUGCCAUCACUCUGCAUAAAGUAAGUUUAAUACUUAAUAUCCGGGUGUUACAAGAUCUUGCGAGAUUAAAACAUGCUAAGAUUUGUCUUAGGCACGAGGCCAGGGACGAUAUUCACUAAAUUAAUGACUCAUUAAUGACUAUCGUUUUUUGUAAAAUAUAUUCAUAAAUCAUUGCUGUUUUGUGGUUGAAUACGGCCUAUUACAAGUUAAAUAUGCACAUUUAAGCAAAUAUUACACAUUGUUUGCCUAAAUUAAGCAUUUUCAAGCAUUAAAAUUGCCAAAUUAAGUACAAAACAAAUAUAAGGCAUUCAAAGAUGUGAUGUGUAGUAUUGUACACUGGUCACUAGGUGUCAGUAAUGUUACUGUAAUGUUGAGUGUGACACACAAGCACCCGGCUUGAUCACCAGAACAGGCUUUUAUCACAGGUUUGAAUUGUCUCGCAAAAAGCACAAUAAUCCUUAACAUAGAGUACUGUUGCGGCUGUAAAAUGUACCUGAGCCCCUGACGUCACUUCCUUUCCACCCCCCCUCAGCUCCCGUAGCAACAGAACACAUUUACAGCAACAUACACAAACAAGUCUUAAGAUUUAUAUCUUAUCUUCUCUUAUUGUGUCUACUAUACUGGGGAACAGGAGUGUAAAGGUGACUUUAGGGGUGUUAUUUCAUGUCUAGAGGGCUCUAAUCAUGUUAAACCUUAUUUAGAAGCUUGUAAACAGAUGUCUGUCUGUGCUCGAACUACAAAAAUAUUUCAUUUAUAAAUAAGGCCCCCCAUGCUGGUUUGUAGAUGUGGACGCAGCCUGAGAUGCUUUUUAAUCCCUGGAAAAAAUAAUGAAGUCACAUCACUGCCCCACUCUACAUUUGGCCUCAUUGUGCUCCAGCCACCCUCUCAUACUUGAUAGUACCUUUUGCAGUGAUUUAAAUAUAUUUGUUCAGCCAGUUGAUCAUAUCAGCUCUGGCCUCCUGAAUUCUGGGUUCGUCUAUGGGGUUUAUGUCCUCUCUCUUUCGGUGUGCGAACCCAUGGCUCUGUCCGGGAAAGACCUUCACUUGGUAAUCCACGGUGCAUUUCUCCUCCAGCUUUGCUUCCAGACCGCUCACCUGGACGACACAAAAGGACGCGCCGGUGGUUAUAUUACUGAUUCUUCAGGGAUAUAUCAAAAAUAAAUGCCGACCUGAUCCAACGGGAUGAUAUUGUCAUUCUCUGCAAAGAUAAACAAGGUUGGACUCUUCAGGUCAUAUCUGUCCUCUCCCUCUCGGACGAUCCCUGCAGGACGUGAGCAAAUCAGGAAACCGCGACAAACAAGGACUGAAGUGUUUAAGAGUGGCGGUCGCUGCUGCACACAUGACAUACCGUAGAAUGACACUCCGGCUGACACCUCGGGGUAGUGCAGGGCUAUAUGAUGUGUGGCAGCCCCUCCCCAGCAGAAGCCCACCACUCCUAUGUGUUUGGCCCCACAUUGCUUCACCAGGAGCCUCAGCAAAGCAUCCACCUCUCUGGAAGGUAUACAGCUGGUAUAUCACCCCAUCGUCACCUUUCACACUUGUAUUACCCAAUAUAGUGCACAUAAGACAUAAUAUAGACUCAUACGUUAGCAUAUUCUGUACAGUGCUUCCUGUGGUGGCUAUUGUCAUUGUAACAUUACUGACACCUAGCGACCAGUGUACUACAUAGCAGUUUUGAAUGAAACUUCUGGAUACCUUAAAUAUGCAUUUUACUUCAUUUUGCCAUUUUUAAUGCUUGCAAAUACGUAAAAUUUUCUUUACUAUGCAUUUUUUUUUUUAAUGUAUGAAUAUAGUUUUUUUAUUUAAUAGAGUGAAGUUGUGAAAUUCAAAGCGGUGAGGGAUGAUUGCAGGGGUGUCCAAAGUUUUUCCACUGAGGGCUGCAUGCUGUGAAAUUAAAGGAUGUGGGGGCCACUUUUAAUUAUUUUUAAAACCUAAUCAUGUAGAUAUGCCGAGACAUUUUUCAUGUAUUUUUUUGUUUUAUAUACGUAUAUACAGUAUCUGUGACAAAGGGUAUUACUAUGAACUUUCAUUACACUUCUUUUGCGAUUUCUUUUGUA